UUAAAACAUGAGAAAAGCGCCUUACUUUACGUCUAUGGCCGAGAAUUCAAUCCAAGGCGACCAACAGAAAAGGCACAUUGUUGGCUGUUCAGUGCGUUGCUCUGUAACGUACUUUGGAUUGAGUAUUGACCUGUCUGUCUGUCUGCUUGUGAUUGUCUCUCCAACCAAACACACCCUACCACAGAACUACGUUUUUCUUCUUCACCACAGUCAUGUUGGUAAGUAGACGCUAGUUGGCGCCAGAACCCUGAGGAGGACCAAAUUAUACCAUCCUGCAGUCGACACUCCCAGCUCCUCUCCACACACCCACCCCACAGUAGCUAACAAUGUUAGGGUGGUUGCAGCAUCUCAUUUUCAUCUCGUCAGGAUCUCCGCCGUGUCUAGGCCUACAAGGGCCUUCGGUAAGACUGGUUGGAAACAAUGGGAUGUGAAGAGGUACCAAAUCCGUACGUUCUAUAUGAUAAACCUUUACAACUUACUGAGAUAUACCUGGUAUAAGUCAGAGGUAGCCAACCUUUUUAUUUUCUAGAUAUUUUCAAGCUUAUACUUCAGUGGUUGGUCUCUCUGUGUGUGUGUGUGCGCGUGCGUGUGUGUGGGCACUAUAUGCAUGUGUGUGUGUGCUCUUUUGCUCCCCCAUGUCCCUCUGAUAAACUUUUAUUCUCUGGCAAUAUCACCGCAGGGGAACAGUAUGCUGAUGUGUACAUUGGCAAAGCAGUGAGGGUGUGCAUGUAUUUAUUGUUGGUGUGUGUGCACUGAAUUUGUCAAUUCCUCUACCUGGUGGAGUGUGUACUCAUACAGUAUGCAUGUCCUUUAUUUAGGCUAAUAUGUGAGAUACAGCGCAAAUGGAAGACGUGACUAAAAUAAUAGUUGAUGGUUCGGGUGUGUGCAAUGACUUGGUGUGAGGAGGACAUUCGUUAAAUGCAACAAGGCCCGAGCUGCGAAAUGAGUGAGAGGAGGGGUCAGAGUUUGAAUAGCGCUUUAUGAGAGAUCAGCAGCACCAGUGGAGGCUGCUGAGGGGAGGACGGCUCAUAAUAAUGGCUGGAAUGGAGUAAAUGGAAUGGUACGAAGCCCAUUUGACACCAUUCCAUCAACGCUAUUCCAGCCAUUACACUACACUCAUUAUUAUGAGCCGUCCUCCCCUCAGCAGCCUCCACUGAUGCACACACAGCCAAGUGCUACACAGCGAGGCGGGUAUUAACGGCCCAGGAAAUGCCUGAAGGAUAGAUGGGACUGUUGAAAAUGGAUGUUUUUAAAGCUUCACAGCACGUCAUGGUACUGUGAGAAGACAUCUGACUACCAUGAGAAACAAGCAUUUGUCAGAAGAUCAUGUAUCGAUGUACUUAGUUCUUGUAUAAAUGGCCUUGGGCAUACGAAUAUCUGCUGAUGGUCAUGUGUAUGCAGCGUUGAUGCAUGUCUAAAAACAAUUGAACUCUAUGUUUUAGCUAAACUCUGCAACCAAGUGAGAGCACCAGUCACACUUCUUACGCAAAAACUUAAGAAGUGUCCCCAGGCAGACGACAGACAUCUCCUUGAGUGGCCUGAUAAUAAGCUGAGUGGAGUGCUGCUGACGGACACCCCCCUCCUUCCUUCCUACCCCUCCUCCAUCACUUCUUCCUCCUACCCUUAGGCUCUUACCCCCUCCCACACACACACACACCAGGGCUGAAUCACCAGGACCUGCUUCAGAGCGAUGCCGUCUCCAUCAUACCAGACAGCUGUGCUUGUGUGUGCCUACCUCAGCCUGCCUCUCUCUCUUUCUCUCUUGAUUUUUCUCCUGUCCCUCUCGCUUUACCCCACCCCUCUUUCUUUCCUUUCUCUCUACCUUAGACACUCUCAUCCACUCCCACUUCUCUCUCUCCCUUCCCUCUCUCACCCCCCCUCUCUCUCCUACCCACCCUCCCUCCUCCCUCUCUCUCUCGGCUGUCCUUGACGGUGCUCUGUGGAGUAUCAGAGCACUGUAGUGCUGGGUUGUGCAGGAGGAAGCAGACAGCCAGCCUUUGCACAGUGGAUACAUACUGUUCUGUCUCUUCCAACGCUACUGCUGUUACCCGGGAUACGCAGUCGACCUGCCGUGCUGCCAGGGGAGUCGAGGGCUGAUGCCAGUCUGCCAUGUCGGCUGAGUGCCAACCUAAGGGGAACGCGUUUUAAAGUGCCCAUUGCGCCAUGUCUGCCACACAGCUGGAGGAGACAGAAAAUGUUUUUGACCUGAACGAGGCCAUCCCAGAGACAGAGCUGCUGGACAACAGCAUACAGAAGGGGCGUGCCCAGCUGUCCGUCAAAGCCAGGAGGCACCGCCCCUCUCGCUCUCGCUUCCGAGACAGCGUCAGUUCCACAGAGGGAGAUGACAGUCUGGAGAGGAAGUGUCUGGACAGCCCUUUGCACUCCGUCCGUUCCCCCCUCCACUCCACCCUGCGAGGAGGCUCCUCCCCUUCGCCUGAUUCGCUCCUCUCCUCGUCCUCCCCUUGUCCCACCUUACGGAGCCCCGUCUUCUCCUUCGACACCUCCUCCUUAAGGCGCUCUCCGGAGGAGGGCGGGACCGGGUCGCUAGCCACUCGGGGGCGGUACCGCCAGCUGACAAAUGCCACGUCUCAGGAGGCCCUGGUGACCACGCCCAACAGCUCUCCCUCCAAGUCGUGUCCCAGUUCGGACUGCUCGCCUGUUUACAUUCGACGGGCACGACGCCCAGACAGUGAGGUGUUAGUUUCAGAAAACAGUCGAGACACAAGCCCGGCCGACCCCGGCAACAACAGCCUUAUCUUCGACAAGAAGACCAAGAGGAGGUUCUUGGACCUGGGGGUCACAUUGAGACGCUCCUAUGUGAGAGUCAGAAAAGACAAGUCAAACAGACUGUCAAUGGGAAGCCGUGAGUCAUCUGAGAGCCCGUCCAGGUCCUCUGGCUCGUUCGUGCCUUUCUCCUGGUUCACUGACAGCGCCAGGGGCUCUGUGUCCUCCGGGGCAACCCCGCCCUGCUCCCCCAAACUGGUCUCACAGGACUGCAGCCCCCGCAAGUCCAACUCUCAGGAGUCUGCCCUGAGUGAUGAGUUCUCUCCUCCCCCGCGUAGUCCCCCCCACGCCUCCAGUGGGACCACAGCCGACUCGUCCUCCCGCUCCUCACAACGCUACCAGACCCUCUCCCAGUCCUCAGACGAGCCUAUUGACGAGCCACUGUGCCUCGUGUCGUCGUGGAGCACCCAGCAGGUGUGCCAGUGGCUGAAGGGGUUGAACAUGGAGCAGUACAUCCCAGAGUUCACUGCCAGGGACAUCGACGGGGAGCAGCUCCUCCUGAUGGACGGCACCAAGCUCAAGGGUCUGGGAGUGAACAGUUCGACGGACCGCAGUGCACUGAAAAGGCGGAUCAGAGACAUUCACGCAGCAGCGGAAAAGGAGCGCAAGGCCCUGGACAAACUGGAUCGCCAGAAAGAGAAACAGCGCAAAAAGGAACAGGAACUACGCAAGCUAAACACGAGCUAGACAUAACCACCAGAUGGCGCUACAUUACCACCGAAAUACUCCUGACUAGAAACUGGUGCUGGUGCACCAUCUCCAAAUUUCACAUUAUCACGAUAGCAUUGAUGCUAAGUGGAGUUUUGUGCAAAACGUUGGAAUUUGCGCAUAUACUUUUGUACUGUACCUCUGGUCUGGAUGUGAGGCUUUGAACCCUGUGAUGGGCGGGACAGUGUGUUGUCAAUCACUGACACGUGAUCAAUAACAGAAUGAAAGCUCCAUUAACUUCUUGUCGAGCGGCUUUAUUUUAGACCAAGGUCGGAACCCAAAGUUCGAUGUGAGAGGUGGGUCGCGAGUUAUGAGAAUACAUCUACACACUAUUUAUUCUUCAUUUGGGUAGUUUGGGGACAAUUUGGGUCACGGCAGGACUGUCGAUUUCUAAUUUGGGUCCAGAGGUGAAAAAGCCUAAGAACCCAUGUUUGAGACCAAUCAAUCAGUGGUUGACGCAACAUGAUAGGUCCCGCCCAUAUUGGGGUUCAGAUGUCUCAUUCUUCCUGGCUAUGACAAAUGUGUUCUUCUUUGUCAAUCAGUGAGGUUAUCCACCCUUACCGAAAAUGACGAAUAUUUUGUUACUCGAAAUGAAUGUGUGUUAUAUCUGACUUCUACACGCAUUCAAUGCAUUGACACAGUCAUACUUUUCCCAUACCUUUUGACUGUACUCACAUACAGCACAUUCUAGCAAAUUACACACUAUAAAACCUAACCCAUGGUCUGAGUUAUUAUCGAAAUAAUAGAAUUACAGAAAUUUGCAUUUAUUUAUUUUACGAAGAAUAUAAUCACAGAAUUUUUUUAAUUUUUUUUUUAAUUUUUUAAAAUCUCAUAACCACAAGCACGUAACACCCAACCACAUUCAUAUUGUAGUAUGCAUCAAUACUCUAAGCCACUGUCAGUCAACUGGAGUUAAACUUGAAGUAACAAUGGAGAUUUGUCCAGGACAUUGUCAAGAUAAGAUGCUGAUGAGACCAAUGUGAUUUUUGAGCAUAUUUAUAAAUAUUGUAUGUUUGUGGUGUACGUGCAUGUUAGUGACGUACGAUAUACUGUCUGUUUGUGUAAGUGUGCAUAUUUGCUAUCUGAGGUAAUUUCUUUGGUAAUGACUGUAUGGGGAUGGGACUGGCUCUCCUGAAAAAGGAGUCUUCUGAGGUGGCCACUUUUAGAAUUCGGGGUGUUGUCAAUCUGCUGUCUCUACUCCCACGUUGCACCAAUCGUCAUCUUCGACGUUUUUGUCUUGAGAGACUCGAAGUUUUUGAAUCCUGCUGGAACAAGACAAGAAAGACACAUCGAUCCUCUUUGGAGGAUUCAGGGCCCCGUAUAUACUAUCCAAACCGUAUUCCCACUUUGCCCAGUUUUCAUACUGAAUUCUUGGACUGGUUUGUGGUCAGAAGACAUGGACAUUAGCUCCAGGUUUUACACAUACAUGAUCCUUAGGACUCGUUUCUUGAUUUCCUUCCGCCCAUUUAUUUUCAACUCCUGUGUCAAAUGGAAAUAUGUAUUAAAUAUGUUUUAAAAUGCAGAAUGCAUGUCAGCACUCCCAAACUUC